AUGGAAAAAGUUAGCGAACAACCUAAGAUAAAUGAUUUUGAAGUGUUGUCUACAUUAUAUAAUCAAACAGAAUUUAAAAAAAAUGAUAAAGAAUUUAUGGAUGUUGACAUGGAUAAUUUUGAGAAUAAUCUUAAAAUAUUAAUUAAUGAAGACGAAAAAAUUCCUGAUAAUGAAAAAAUAAAAAUGAUUAAGGAAAUUUUAGAGAAUUCGAAGAAUGCUGAAGCAAAAUUCCGACAAAUAUUGGAAGAUACACUGGCAAUUAUAAAAUAUUGCAGGUUUUGUAAACGAGGUAAUUUCGAUGAUGAAGGGUUAUAUAAUCCUUGUUGGCAUAAAAUUGAUUUUGUAGAAAUUUUUAAAUUUGCGAAAUUUUCUAAAAAUUAUUGUGAUAAAGACAAUUAUUACGAUGUAGUUAGUCAAAAAUUUAACAAUAAGGAUUUAUCUAGGUUAAUAUUAAAACAAUGUAAAUUAUUAUACUUGUUCGAAGUCAACUAA